AUCCAGGAUACCCUUGCAACACAAGCACUGGCCAGUUCUGUUGCUUCCGAGGGGUUUUCUAGAAGACAGGAUGUUACACUCAACAUUGACCCUCUGCCUCUUACACGUCACAGUGUCUUCCAACCUUGCUAUUGCAAUCAAAAAGGCAAAAAGACCUCCUCAGACGCUUUCCAGAGGAUGGGGAGAUGACAUUACUUGGGUACAAACUUAUGAAGAAGGUCUCUUUCACGCUAAAAAAAGUAACAAACCACUGAUGGUUAUUCACCACUUGGAGGACUGUCAAUAUUGCCAAGCACUAAAAAAAGUAUUUGCCCAAAAUGGAGAAAUUCAAGAAAUGGCUCAGAAUGAUUUCAUCAUGCUGAAUCUUGUGCAUGAGACCACUGAUAAGAACUUGUCACCGGAUGGGCAGUAUGUGCCUAGAAUCAUGUUUGUUGACCCUUCUCUCACAGUCAGAGCUGAUAUAACUGGAAGAUAUUCUAAUAGACUGUACACAUAUGAACCUCAAGAUGUGCCUGUAUUGAUAGAAAACAUGAAGAGAGCCUUAAGACUUAUCCAAUCCGAGCUGUAA